ACUGGAAAAGGAAGAAAUAUGAAGUUUUCACUAUGAGCACGAGACUUUGUAAAGCAAAUCGUUUAUUAUCUCAAAAUGGCAAUAAAUAAAAGUACUUAUUUUUCAAUAUCAGCAUAAGACUUAUAGUAUAAUUCAAAUAGUUUAUGACCUAAAAUAGAAAUAAAAAAAUGUAUUAUAUUCGCAAAUAUGAGCCUGAAACUCACGUUGUAAAAUGAAUCAUUCGUGAUCUACAAUAGAAAUAAAUGAUAUAUUAGUUUUUCCAUGUUGAACAUCAUACUGAUAUGGUAAAUCGAGUGAUAUAUAAUCUGAAAGAGAAAUAAAAGAAAGCAUUAGUUUUUCAAUAUGAACAUGAGAAGUACUUCUGAAAUCAAAUUGUAUAUAAUUUGAAACAGAAAGGAAGUAUUAGUUUUUCAGGAUGAAUAUGGUACUAACCUUGUGGACCAAAUCAUUCAACAUCUAAGAUAGAAAGAGAAGAAAAUAUUCGUUUUUCAAUAAGAAAAUGCGACUUAUUAGAAUCAUUGACGAUGGUAAAAAAAAUUAAAGAAAACAUCGGUUUUUGGGACUCGACACAGGUCACAUGUUGAAAUUUUUAAAGUAUCCGAUCAUUUGAUAUUAAAAGAUUCAGUCAAGUUGAUCCUUCCUUCUUUGCCUACGUGAAUUCAUUAGUAAAAUUCACGUAAAAUAACCAUUCGAAAUAUUCUAGAUCUACUAGGAUUGAGAUACGUGUUAAUAUUUAAAAAUAACAUCAAAACAUCUAGCAGUCGAGAUGUUCGGACGGUUUAUACAAUAGCAUUACGAAAACUACGCCCACAGUACAAUUGAGCGAUCAAAAGCUAGCUGAAUUUUAAUACACAAAAAGUAAAAGGACAUGGUAUUCAUGAUCAGUAUUUUUAUUGUAUACAAUGAAAAUCUGAACCGUAGUAUUCAGCUCCUUUGGGAAUAAGUAAAGCAUGUUCUAGAAUCUUCAGUAAAAUAUAUUGUACGCGAGAAAUUAUGAUGAGGGCACAGUAAGAUAAAAAAAUCGUAAAUAUACCUGAUUUUGAGUUUAUUUCUCGUAAAUAUAGGUUUAUAGCAAACCACAUAAGAUAAGCAUUGUUUACCUUAAUGGUUAGCGAUAUCUCAACCAAUUGAAAUUUGAUCUCGACACAUUUAAUUCCAGUUCACGUGAAAAGCACUUGAGCAUAAGCGUCAUCGUGCUAAAUCUUCACGUUAAAGGUUUAUAUCUUUGAUUAGUAUUCGAUUACAGAAUAAAAGUCGGGAAAACUGAAAAUACAAGGACAUUUCUAGAAAUAUGAUUCAUCAGUUUUUCUCAGAACGAUAUAUACGCACUGCUAAGAUACCACGUAAAUGACAAUAAUCUAUACAUAUGUAUGCUCUACUUGAAGCUUUUCAUUCGAUUUGAGAACCUUCAGUCGUAUGAUUCUGUUACGAAUAAACGAGUUAUAAUGGGAAUCUAGUCCAGAAGCUUCUGCUGCUCUCACUCUUUAUAAAUUUUAAAAACUAAAAAGGCUAUCAUAAAUCAUUAUUUCGAUGUCACUUAUCAAAAUUAAACAACAAUAAAAUAUAAUUUUGAUGCUAAUAGUAUUUAUUGUUUGCUCGCGAACUUUUAACAUUAUAUUUUUCCCAUAUAUAUUCAAAACUCAGACCGAAGGAUGUAAAUAUAAAAUAACACUACUGUGCUGAUAUAUGCAUCACGGCUCACAGCUCUUCCUCUUUCCUCUUUCUCCCUGUUAUUCUCUGUAUCGUAUCUCUCUCUCUUUGUUCCUGUUUCAUAGAUAAGCGUGUGCUGAUUGUGCUAUAGACACGUUCUGGAGAUGUAAAGUAGCUAAUAAACAUCAUUAUCGAGGGUAGCGGUAAGCUACUCCUCCAGUUUGUCAUAACAUCUCUCUUGUCAUUGAUCGUUACAAAUACUCCAGGAAUACGAAUGGGUUUCAGAUUUUGGAAAAAACUGAUAUACAGAAAAGAUAAUCCAUAAUUAAAUACAUUGUACUAAACAAGUGAGUAGACUUCAGUUAACUAUGAAUCUCUAACAUAUUGUACGAAUGAAAUCUAUUGCUAUUCGGCACUGAUGAGAAGUUAUCAGGAAUUCUCUUUUGUAUGGUUGAAAAAAGCAUCGCAUGCUCCUUUAUGAAUGAUGAAAGGCUUAAACUUCAGUAAAUUUUAUGUAAACUAAUCACUCAAACGUAAUUUUAAGGGAGUUCAAUGUUUAGUAUAAAAAAGUUGAAUUUGAUAUUAAGUGUAAAGCGAUAAAACUAAACUAAAUUUUAAGUUAAGCUAAGUGGUGCAUCGUUACCAAUGAUUAUAAUCGAUUCGAAAAACUAACCGAUUACGGUGGAUUAUAAUCAACAUGAUUUGAUUUAAGGCGAUUCUUAUCCUAGUAAUUAAAAUCAAUUCAAAAAUCUAAUCGAUUGCGGUAGAUUAUAGUCAACAUGACUUGGUCUGAGGCGAUUCUUAUCCCCAUAAUUAUAAUCGAUUCGAUAAUCUAGCCGAUUUCCAUGGAUUAUAAUCAGUAUACAUUGAUUCUAGACAAUUCUUAUUCCAGUAGUUAUAAUCGAUUCGAAAACUUAGGUGAUUGCGAUGGAUUAAAAUCAAUAUUUCUUUAUUUAAAUCGAAAAAAAAUCAUCAACUAUCGAUGAAAAUUGAUUACUGCUGAAAAUUGAUUUUAAUUGAUUAAUAAAAAAUCAAAAACAAUCGAUUAUACUCGUUGUACAUCGAUUUUAAUCGAUUCCAAUGAAGAAAACGAUUAUAAUCGGUUAAAAACUAAUGAUUUGGAAUCAGUUAUGCGAAAAAACCGAUUAUAAUCUUUCAUUUAAUCAGAAAACAUCAAAAUCACUUGAUUUUCAUCAAUUAAUUACUGCUGAAAUCGAUUAAAAUCAUACAUCUGCUGAUUUUUCGGCUUAUUUUUUUUACAUGGGUCACACCCACACCCACACCCUCCGAAGCAGAUCGUGAUUUUUUUUUGAUGGUCGUGCUAUCCUUGAGCGUGAACGAAGUCGAGGUGGUUGCCGUUGUUCUUGAACAGCUAGUGACGUUCUCAUAUCAUUCUUCAACCGUAAUAAAGAAGCUUCUGAAAUUCCCAACAUAGCCACAAGUCGACCAUUGCAAUUGUUAAGAGGAAUCAAUGGCCCAUUUUUUUUUCUUUUUCAACAAAUGUAAUCACACGAAAUAAAACUUCCUUUAGAUCAGCUGAGAAAUGAGAACCGUGUGGCAUUACAGCAGUAUGUGAUAAAAUGUGGUGGAUGAAAGAAUUGUUUGGUCACGUGCAGAGUAUACGUAUAAAGAUAAGUGUAACAUAAUGCUGGGCAUUAAUUCGUUAUUCAGAGCAACAAAUAAGACGAAAGCGAGGACGUCCAUUCUCAAUAAAGAUAUAUAUUGAAAUAAAAAAACUAUUUCUUUGCGUCCUCUAUGCCAGUUAGUCCAAUUUAUGUUAUAUAUUUCGUGGGAAAAAUGAACGUAUGUCUGUGUAUAUGUAUAAUUCUUGGCACAUAAUGUGCCUGUAGAAUAUUGCAACAGUACGUUUAGUUCUAUUGAACUAUGUAUCUCGAUAUAAAAACAUCAUUACAAAAUGGAAAUAAUCAUGCGACUUCAAUAUGCCGAAAAUUUAGACAUAUUUUUAGAAUUCAAGGAUUAUUUAUUUGCUUCUCAUAUCUUGUAUUUUUUAUAAUUAUUUUUCCAAUGAAGUUUUUUUAAAACGCAUUUGUGAACUGCAAUAUACGUGAUAUUUCGUCGACUAAAGAAUUCCUUUAGUGGGAUCUGUAAUCUCUAGAUACAUCCUAAGUGACUAUGUGAUAAUAAUUGUUUUCAAUUCAGAGUGAUAUUCUUUAUUAUAGAGCAUCAGAAAUUCGAUGUCGCUUGAUAACGAUAAGAAAAUGAGAAGCUAACUGUUUGAAUUUUUAUAUAGGAGUGUAGAUUUGACAUUCCUCUAUCUAAUGAGAAUAUCAAAAUAAAAAUACAUUGUAUUGGCAUGCCAUUUGUAUGUCUUCUCAGAAAAGAUUUCCAGAAACGACAGUGUCCAAAACAAUUUGGUCCGAAACAAUAUCGAGAUAAAGUAUGUCCCCUAGUCUCCUCUUUCGAUUGGUGAAAACUGCAGAUCGUUAGCUCUUGCCGUUGUCGAGUUAUUCAAUUUACACCAACCCCUCUUUAAUUCUGGCGCCGACAUUAGUCAUUUAGGUCCACGACGUGGUUGUAUGGGUUGUUUUACGGAAUCUGAUGUAUCUAAUAUGGAUGAGUCACCGUUAAAUUUAUGGGGCGAUCACUCCAAACGUUGUAUUAAUGAUGUCAACUCCAAAAAUGAAAUUGAGGGUCACCUUGAUGAUAAACGUUUUGCAACAGUAAUUUUAUGUGUAUUUCCAGAAGGUAAUCAUCGAAUCAAACCUGUUCUUUUAUUUAAAGGUACAGAGGAAGUUGCUGUCAAAGAAGAACAACAUUAUUCGUCACAUGUCAAAGUAUUUUUUUACUCCUAA